AUGCCUUUCGACUUUGCACCCACGAGGCAUUACCCUCACGACGUCGCGUAUCCCAUAUCCGCAAGGGCAGAUGUCUGCGUUAGUUUCCUCCGUGCAACUGCUACUCUGCGGAUCGAGCCGCGGGACAGGCGCAGGAGCGAGAGGGCGUGUCGUAGGUUUCGCGACUGGGCUGACUCGCUCGAUGUUUGGGCCGAAAACGGCCCAAAUCUGGACUCGUUGCUAGAUGCAUCCAGAGGAAAGCUUCGCUUCUUUAUAGAAGCCUACCUAGACUCGAUAAGAAAACACCUUGUGCUUGUUCUGCAAUCGGGCACGAUGAAAGACCACGCAUCAACGACCGAAAAUCAUUUUGAUACUCAAUUCACCGAAAUAGAAAAUGAGCUCACAACACUCGAAAAUUUCACCAAACUUUUAUUACUGCACACCAAGGCUGGGCUUGGGUGUCGAGUGGCGCAGUACCGAAAGAGAUACGAGCACCAUGGCUUCAACAAAGGAGUGAUGGAAUAUCUCCGCCAUCAGUUUCCAUACCUGGAGCCCAAAGUUCCAGACCAGAUGUCGUCUCCUUGGUGGGAAAGGUUGGGGAUGAAAUGGUUCAAUGCAGAAAAACGUGUGCUGCCAGCGGCAUGGGAUCCCGUCGACAAACCUGCCGGUCUGUUCAAGGCCUUGGCAGAUGCGGUUCUCUUCACUCACUACAAGACACUCUACGAAAGAGACUGUGGUGAGAAAGAGCGCAUCCAUGCCAGAACUCCCAGAAUUGCGGCAUUAAGGUUGCCCGUUGAAGAAAGUACCAUGGCAUCAGGGAACCAGCCUCCGUGUCCAAUCUGCGGAGAGGCUUGUUCCGACGCCUCAGCCAACCAGGAUCCAAAAAUUCGAGCCUACCCACCAUCGUUCGAAACCGCUCAAGAGUGGAAAGAUCACAUGCGAUGUCGCCAUGGGUCGGAUUGGGUCAGUCAUUUCCAAAAGAAUGUGCAGUGGAUGUGUCCAACGUGCAAAGGUGUCUCCCCAGUCGAGUUCGAGUCGGAAGAAUUGAUGGCUCGAGAUUUGGUUCAUCAUCUGCAACACUAUCACGGCAGGAAUGAUGACGAAGAGACAGCAAGCCUAGCGCGGCUAAGUCGCACGUCUUGUCCUCGACCCCAAGACACUUGCCCGAUUUGCGGAACGUGUUAUCCGGAGCAGCCUGGCAGCUCACAGGACGACAAGCAUCACCACCAAGCACUGCACAGCGAACGUCGGCUACUCACUGCUGAAGACUGCAUCGCCAUUCACAUGCUCGAGCUGUCCCAGAAAUUCACUUACCCCGAACUGAAAUUUCCAGACAACAUGCCCCCGCCUUUGAUCCAUUCCUGCUCCACGGCAUCAUCUCCAUACUCCUCAUUCAGUGAAAAGGACACUUUUGUUGCUGAUGCGCCAGGGGAUUUCCAUGAACCAUCCUUGUCCUCGUCUAUCGGAAACGAAGAUUUCCCGUUCAAGUCGACGUCCGCAAUCAAUGGCCCGGUUGUUGAUCCCGGCAAGACUCAUUCUGAAGCCGUUUUCAGCGUCAUGGUCUACCCACAGCGACAUGGCCCCCUUGCGCUCCAACGCACCCAGAUACAGGGUGUCCCUCUCAACAAGCAAUUAUUUCUUUCCGCCUGGUAA